AUGGAACUUGAGACUUUUUUAAGAAAUAAUCUGAAUGAGAUGUGUAUUAUUGGAGCAGAUUUCAAUGUCAUCACUAAGGCAUCAGACAAAAGAGGAGGUAGUAAUAAGUUACCUACAAUGACACUCGACUUCAUUGAUUGGAUCAAUAGGAAUUCUUUGUUGGAAAUCCAGAUAGCAGAGAACACCUUUACAUGGAACAACAAAAGGAAGGGCUUUAGCAAUAUUGCUGAAAAGCUAGACAGUUUUUUUAUUCAUGGGUGGCUUAUGAAUUCCAAUUACACUAUGGAAGCAGAGAUCCUUCCUUUAUCUGGUUCAGACCAUUAUCCACUCCAACUUAACAUUCUGGCAGAACAAGGUCCAAGAAAGUGCCCGUUCAAAUUUGAGAACAUGUGGUAUAAGGAUGAUAACAUCAUCAACCUGAUUGAACAAUGGUGGAGGGAAUCAGUGUUCUCAGGCUCAAAGAUGUAUAUUGUUGCAAACAAACUGAAGUUAAUCAAAAGGAGGCUCUUGGAGUGGAAUCGAGAGCAUUUUGGUAACAUCUUUGAUAAGAAACUUUUAGUAGAAAUGGACCUCAAGGAUGUUAACAGAGAAGUUUUGGAUCAAGGGAUGGAUGAACCUCUCUUCUUGAAGGAAAAAAUAUUACUAACAGAGUAUGAAGAGAUUCUGGCAAAAGAAGAAAUCUCCAGGAGACAAAUAUCCAGAGAAACAUGGUUGAAAGAUGGAGAUCGCAACAGAAAGCCCUUUCAUAACAGUACCAAGCAGAAAAUAUGA